CGUUGAACUUGAUAUAAAGUGUACCGAGGCGAAAAAGCUCCAUUUGGCUCACAGUGUGUGCACGUGUUUGGUGCUGCGAAGACGAGUUGUUGCUCUUUUGCGAAUAUCAACACGCAAGAGCGAAAAUAAAGGCCGCGGGCGCUUUAUUCCCUCGCCAGAUAGUAUUCUUUGAUGUGCCCAUAAAAGAAGACGACGCCGCGUCUUCCUCACGUAUACUAAAAUGCAACAAAGGCUCUUAUUACUGGUGGUGGUGACCCUGCUGCCGUGCACCCUUUCUGCCCUGACGCGGCUGAAGGAACAUUACUCAUGGAAGCAGGUGGACUUCACGUGGCCGACGAAGGCGCUGAAGGAGCGGGCCAUCCAGUCGGGCAUGUUCCAGCCUGAGAACGUCCUUCCUCUUGGCUUGGAGGCCGGCACCGACCGCCUCGUGAUCACCCUGCCCAGGUGGAAGCCCGGCCUACCCGCCACCCUGGCCACCGUGCCCAGGAACAGCAAUGAAAGGGCGCCACUGCUCAGGCCUUACCCCAACUGGAUCUGGCACCACCCCGGCAACUGCGACGGACUCAUUUCCGUCUUCAGGGUCAACCUGGACACGUGCAAUCGCCUCUGGGUAUUGGACUCUGGGGCCGUCGACGCCGGCAUUGGCGUCAAGCAGCAGUGUCCUCCUAAACUCUUGGUCUUUGACUUCAACACCGACAAUUUGCUGGUGAAGUACGUGCUGCCAGACGACCAGGUGAAAGAUGGCUCUUUUUUCACAAACAUCGUCGUCGACCUGGUCAACAACGACUGCGGCCUGGAUGCCUACGCCUACAUGUCGGACGUGUGGCGCUUCGGCUUGGUGAUUUACGACCUGAAAACCAACACCUCGCGCAGAAUCGAGCAUGAGUAUUUCUACCCUGACCCCAUGGCCACCAAGUUCAACGUCAACGGCCUGCAGUUCCGCUGGCCCGAUGGCAUCUUUGGACUUGCCCUCUCUCCCGCAAGCAGGUUCACCAACGAAAAGACCCUUUACUUCCACCCGAUGGCAAGUUUCCGCGAGUUCGCCGUCUCCACGGAGGUUCUGAGGAAUUCUUCCGCCAAUGGAGACGAAAUCGCCGACAUGUUCCACGCGUUCGACCCUCGCGGAACGGCGAACGAACACAGCUCAGCCGAGGCGAUGUCCGCAAACGGGGUGUUGUUCUACAACCUGGUCAGUCGCAACGCCGUUGGCUGCUGGAACUCCCGCCUCCCAUACAAGCCUGAGUAUCAGGGUAUCGUGGACAGCGACAACGAAGCGCUCGUCUUCCCCAACGACAUGCGAAUUGACAAGAGCCAAAACCUGUGGGUGCUUAGCAACCGAUUACCUCAGUUUAUAUACCAAGGACUCAACACCAGCGACGUCAAUUUCCGGGUGCUCACCGGCUCUGUGAUGGACCUGGUCAGAGACGGCGUGUGCGAUCCGCGCACCAUGCCGGAGGUCAAGAAAAAUAAGGUCAGCCUGCUCAGGGGACUCUUCGCCGCGCAGUUCGGUUGCAACCUCAUCGGCAGCUAGAAGAAAGAAUUUUUUCCGCCAGUGUAUAUAUGUUAAUAAUUUAAAAAGAGUGCCAAUGCACUCAGAUCAACUUUUUUAAGAGCAUGACUAAGGUUCUGCGUUUUAGUUUUUUUAAAUAGUUUUUUUAUGAUUAUUGAGGGAAAAAAUUGUAACAAUAUUGCAAUACAAUUAAUUAUUAAAAGUAAAGAUGUUCUUCAAAAUAAUUUAUCUAAUUUUUGUUUGUUACUUGGAUAAGAUCAGUAAAAAAGACAAAAAAAUGUUUUACAAUCAAUACAGGGGUAUUAUGGUAAUAUUAAUUGAAAUAUCCAUUCAAGAAAAAAAUGUUUUUUACUAAAAUAGUUUAUUUAGGCAUGUGCUUAAAUUGCUUAAAAGCCCACAUUUUGUGCUCAUUUAAUGCUAAUUACGUUGUAACGUGUAACAAUAAUUGUACAAAAAAAUCAAACGCGCAGCCCUACUCAUGAUAAAUUCAUCUCUUCAUAAUCAAAAGUAGCAUCCCAUGUAGAGUAAUUUUUGAUAAAGCUGAAAAAUAAAAAGUGUAUUUUCGGAACAAUA